UUCUUCUUCUCUUCACAUCUUCAUAAACCCAUUAAAUUCUUCAGUUUCUCUCUGAAAAUGGCGUCCUCCGAAGAAUUCUUAACCAUGGAAUUCAUCACCCAAUUUCUCUUGGGAGACUUCGCAGAUCAAACCCAUUUCCCAUCAGAUUCCUCCCUUCUCCAACCCAUCAUCAAAUUGGAAGAUUUCUUCUUCGAUUCCGACUUGAUCAGCCCUCAAAUUCCGGACCCCAAUUGCCACGCGCCGCCGCCCGACGGCGAGCUGAAAUCCGGCGAAGUUACUGAGACCGAAGCCGCCGCGGCAGGGGAGGCCAAGGGGAGGAGGCAUUACAGGGGAGUGCGGCGGCGGCCGUGGGGGAAGUUUGCGGCGGAGAUCCGUGACCCGACCCGGAAGGGGAGCCGGGUCUGGCUGGGGACUUUUGACAACGAUGUGGACGCCGCCAAGGCCUAUGAUUGUGCGGCGUUUAGGCUGAGAGGGAGAAAAGCGAUAUUGAAUUUUCCGUUGGAGGCCGGCGAACCCGACUCGCCGCCGGCGACCGACCCGAAGAGGAGAAGGGGGAAGUGGAGGAAUAUUCCCAAGUCACUCAUAGCAUUGAAUGAGAAGUGAAUGCAAAAUAAUAGAAAUUAAUAAUGUAAACUCUUUUGAUUAUUGGUUAAUAAUGUACUAAAAAAAAGUGUAAUAUUAAAUUUUGUUACCUUUUUUUAGUGUAAA